CUUUGUUCUUCUCAUCAGUAUCACCUAGGCUUAUUUUCCUGAUAUGCCCCAUUGCUUGAUGGAUUCCACCAUGACGCUCUGUUUCUGAAACAACGAGACACAUCGCAAAUUGCUGCAGAUUUUUGGCGUCGCUCACACGCGGAAUCAGUUUCACCGACUCUAUCGCCCCAACGCUUGUGCGAAUUGUUGAACUGCGGCUCUCUCUACAAUUUGGUCUGUGUUGAAGUAUUUCACCUAUUGUCGGUAGUGUUGAGCAGGUCAAUCGAUUCAACCUUGAGCACUUGCGAAGUGGACCAAUUUUUCUGCAAUCUUUGGCGAACCCCUGACAUGGCGAGUGGUUCCACGACGGCGGGCGAGGAAACUGGAUACGAUUUCGUGGGAGAGAUAUCAGGAUGGGUUGAGGCUUACAUCGAAUGCCCACAUCUUCAUCACUUGAAUGGCGUCACGCAAAGCUUACCACAGUUUGAUGCUUUGUGUUCUGUAUGUAAGAAUCCCAAUGAAAACUGGUUGUGUCUAUGCUGCCACGAGGUUUUUUGUAGCCGUUUCAUAAAUGGUCACAUGCUUGCGCAUUUCAAGGACGCAAACCAUCCCCUCGCUGCAGGAUUUCGGGACCUGUCGGUGUGGUGUUUUGAAUGCGAUCACUAUUUGGAUGCUCAGGUUAUUUCGCAACUACGACCCAUUUUCGAAGCUCUUCAUCUAAUGAAAUUCGGUGAUCCAGCACCCCCUCGUGCCGAGUUGAGAAGCGGUGACCCAAUAACUCUGCAGCUUUCAUAACUAAGUAGUGAUGCAUAGUCCUGCAAGUUUGACUGGUUGUUAACCUUAGGUUUGAUCUUUGCGAGACAUUUGUUUGGUUUUGUUGUUUGUCAUUCACAUAUCAGCGUGCACUGUAAUUUGAACAUUUUAUGAAUGAAUAGUUAUCUUCUCCUUUGCAUCUAA